AUGGCCCGGCAUGUGCGUACACGUAAAUGCAAUAGUACUGUGUCACGGAAGCUGAAACAGUCCAUUUUGAACAUUGGAAAACAGAAGACAGGAGGGAGUCAUCGGUGUUCAGAAUGCCAUAUGACGUUUUCCUCCACAUCUGCCGAGGACGCCAUUGUACACGACAAGUAUCAUAGUCUGCAUUUGUAUGGAAGGAAAUGGUCUAACAAUUGGGGAGAAAAAAUACAAGAGUACAGUAUGGGACCAAUUGCCGAUCAGGACACUGCUGGAGAGAAUCGGAUCAAAAAUUCAAAGUUUGUCCCCUCGCCACAUGGUACCGCGGAGCGUGUAGUACAGAUUUCGAAAAACAGGAAAAGUGAAGUCCAAGCAACUCUAGAGGUUCUCCGAAUCGUUAACGAGGAAUUGCAAGCGCCGCACAACGAAAACUACUUUUGGAGCCAUGUAGCUGAUUCUGACAACGGCUGCACCGUACAACGAGAAGAAAGAAGCAACGGGAUAGCAUUUGUUUAUGUUAGCGAGAGCCGCGCUGUGGGCGUAAUAACCGUGGAGUUCCUGAGGUUAAAAGAGAAGCGUGGAAGAUGGAUGGUUUGCGACACUUCAAGCAUAGUGCCAAACGUUCUACCACCCCUGAAACUUGGAAUCUCUCGGAUAUGGGUGUGUGGACGACAAAGAGGCAGAAACAUUGCAACGAGGCUUUUAGAAACAGCUAGAUUGCAUUCAAUUCCGGGGACUGUGCUAGCGAAAUGGGAGCUGGCUUGGAGUCAGCCAAGCGAAAGUGGUGCCAAACUAGCCAAAAGUUACAACGGUGUUAAACACGAAAAGAGUGGCAGAAUACUCAUUCCCUGUUACAUAUAA